CUGGAAGAAGAAGUCUAUGUGGAACAACCACGAGGCUAUGAGAAAGAAGGAGAAGAAGACAAAGUCUAUCGUCUACGAAGGCUUUAUACGGCCUGAAGCAAGCACCGCGAGCCUGGAACAACAUAAUUGAUCGAUACUUUCAGCAAAACGGAGGGAAGAACAACCACCGUCGGUUUGGUUUGACACCAAGAGAAGGAAGCCUCGGCGACGAGGACGGCGGCUUAGGCAGAUGGAAGAAGAGGUUGGAAGAGCCACAGCGAAGGGAAGGCCAACCGGCGACAAGGACGACCGACGGUGACGAGGACGACAGGCCGAGACACGGACAGCCGGCGAUGAGUAGGACGACAGGGGGCGACAAGGAAGCAGAGUUUGGGCAGUCGGCAGAAGACCUCUAUUCAGUUCCCAGGAUCAACAACAAUCCUCUCUCGUAUCUCUUCAAGCUCAUUCAAUCGACUUAAAGACUCAGCUUCAACCUGCCGACCAUAUCUCUCAAGACAAUUAAGCAACACAUCUGAAACAUCAAUUACGUUUCUUGGCAGCAAAAUGCACCACAUCACUAAUCCAUGCUGGUGCGCCCAGCACCGUCCCACUGAUGUUCUUCUCGAGUGAGCCAGUGAACUGGGGAAGUGAAAGAACAUGGCUUUCUUCGGUCUCAUGCAAACAAAAUGAAAGAAUCGGAAUCGGAUAUGCAAUGGCAGUAGUUCCCCUCCCUUGAUUUGCGUGGUGCAUGAUUGCCGGUGAUCGGCCCGAAAGACUUCGACUAGUACAGCUUUCACCCGCCGAUUUGGAUCUCUACAACCGUACUUCCAAGUCGUCGGCCUUUAUUUUACCUCUGUUUCUCUCUGUCCCAUUUGAUAUUGUGCAUCCCUGAAAGAAUUAUGGAACAUUUAACCGGAGGAUGAAAUGAACUUACGAGAAGCUUUGACGACUGUGGCGGCUUUGCUGCUUCCCGCACUGAUUCUCAUCUGCAAGUGGCUAUUCCGGAGGAGGAGGAGGUCCUCCAACAAUAACCCCCAGCUAUCAGAAUCUACAUGCAUUGUUGAUUCUUCUGCUUCAACUACUGGUUCUGAUGCUUCCUUGCCCCUUCCAACUGGGGACUACGAGGUCUUUUUAAGUUUUAGGGGUCCAGACACCCGCCAUGAGAUCACUGACGUCCUCUACCAUUUUCUUAUUCGCUCAAAAAUUCGCACAUUUAAACAUGAUGAGGAUCUUCAUGUGGACGAAGGAAUCUGGCCUAGUUUGGUGGAGGCCAUGAAGGAAUCCAGGAUUUAUGUUCCUAUUCUUUCAGAAACUUAUGCUGAAAGUAAGUGGUGCCUCAAAGAGCUUGCUGAAAUGGUUGAGUACCGCAAGCAAGACAAGGGGCGCAUCAUUUUACCCAUUUUCUAUAAGGUAAACCCUAGAGACGUGCGGAAACAGAGUGGGGCUUAUGAAGAAGCAUUUAAGCGACACAUGAAGAAUUUUGAUGACAAAACCUUGCAAAUUUGGAAAGAUGCUCUCAAGGAUGUUGGAGAAUUGAAAGGGUGGCAUGUAACAGACAAAGACGGAAUCAGGAAGAUAGUGGGGGGUAGUAUUGGAAUCCUUCAGGGGCUUCGGGAGCUAAAUAUCAGCUCGUGCAAGUGCGAGAACUUGGGACAAGUUCUCUUCGACAUAGUGACCCUGCCAUCUCUGAAGAUCCUCAGAGCAAUUAAAGUGAAGGAAGAAAAUGCAUUGGAACUUCCGAAAAGUUUGAAGGAGCUAAGCACCUCUGUCUCGGUCUCUAAUCUUCCAGAACUGACAAACUUAGAGCAAUUUACAUUUGAGUAUUGUGAAGAUUCUAAGCUCGAAAUCUCAGGCACAGGAGAAGAGUGGUCGAAGCUGUCAAAGUUGACGUCUUUGGUAGUGAAGUAUGGAACCAACAUUACGACCAUUGGCCCUCUUUCGCUCCCCCCAUCACUAACAGAGCUUCAUAUCUCCGUUUGCCCCAAACUAGAGAGGCUGCCAAAGUUGGACAAUCUGGAAAAUUUGGCUGAACUCAUCCUCUACAGAUGUUCCAAGCUUCGGGAGAUUGAAGGCCUCGGAGGAACCCUGAAGUCAUUGCAAAGUCUGAAGAUAGAUUAUUGUGAGAGUUUGAUUCACAUCAACGGCCUCGAAGACCUCGUCUCUUUGACCGACUUGCACUUUGAAUCUCUGUAUGCAUUGGAGAGACCCCAUCAUCAAUCUAGCUUCUCUGAACAGGCUGAGUAA